UUGCUCAAAGAUUCACCUCGAUCGAUCACCCGAUCAACAGUAGCAGAUCAAUGGCGGCUCCGGCGGUGGCCGGUGGAAGUAGCCAGCAAAACCUCACUUCUUCCAGCGGCAGCAGCGACGACAAGCAGCCGUCGUCGUCGUCGCCAAUGGAGUGCCAGCUGAAGAAGUACCUGGUGCUGCUGGCCACCCUGGUGGCGACGGUGACCUACGCGGCGGGGCUGAACCCGCCGGGUGGCUCGUGGCUGGAGGACGGCGGCGGCGGCGGCCGGUGGCAGCUGGCCGGCGACGCCAUCCUACAGGACACCAACUACUGGCGCUACAUCGUCUUCUACUGGUUCAACGCCAUCUCCUUCGCGGCGUCGCUGGUGGUGGUCAGCCUCCUCUUCCUCCUCCUGCACAAGGGCCGGCCACACCAGCACCAGGGGACCAAGCUGCUCACGCUCACCCGGGCGGUGAUGGUGGUCGACCUGCUCGCCCUCAUGGGCGCCUACGCCGCCGGGACCAGCCAUGACAAGUUCACCACCAUCGGCGCCGCCGCGCUCGUCUCCGCCACCGCCGCCUAUGUCAUCGUCUUCAUCGUCCCAACCCUCACGGCGAAAACGACACCGCCGCCGCCGUGGAUCCUGAUGUUGAUCGCCAUCUUCGUGGCGACCGACGCCUAUGUAGCUGGGCUCAACCCACCCGGCGGCUUCUGGCGGAGCACCGAGGCCGCCGGCGACCCGGUGCUGCCGGGCCUCCAUCCAAUCCGGUACAAGUUCUUCUUCUUCUCCAACGCCAUCUCCUUCAUCGCGUCCCUGCUCGCCAUCACGUUCAACGUGUACUACGAGAAGCUUGACCUCAAGCGCAUCAAGUUCCCGCUGUACGGGCUCACCGUCACGGCGAUCUUGGGACUCGGCGGCGCCUACGCCGCCGGGAGCUGCAGGGACAGCAGGCACACCGGCUAUGUUCUUGGCCUGAUUGUCCCGGUUCUUGUCUGCAUCUUUCUCCAGUGGUUUCUUGUAGGAUCUAAUGCCAUCAGUCUCCCUUUUGGUACCAGGGGAAGUAAACAAUACAACAAUGAUCUAGACAAGCCUUGUGAAUUAAUUCAGCUCCUUGCCAUUCUUGCGGCGAUCGUUGCUUACCAAGCAGGAAUAGAUCCACCUGGAGGCGUCUGGGCAGACAAUGGGGCUAGCCACAGUGGAGACCCAAUACUCCUGACAACACACCCUAGGCGGUACAAGGUCUUCUUCUAUUUUAACUCGGUGGCUUUUGUGGCAUCCCUAGUCAUCAUGGUGAUGUUGCAGAAUGAAUUUCUAGUUAGAAGCCAUGUACUGGAGGCAGCCAUGAUACUUGAUUUGUUUUGCCUCAUAGGCGCGUACGCUGUCGGAAGUUGCAGGGACACAAGCACUUCCAUUUACACAGUUGCCUUGGCUGGUGGUGUCCUUAUCUAUGUGGUGAUUCACAUUCUCUUCUCCACACUAGAAAAGAAGUCGGACAAGCAGGGUGAGGAAGACAAGAUAAAGGAGCAUCAGUUGGAGAAGAAGCGUGAGUUGUUGCUGCUUGUUGAAAUCUUGGCUGCAACACUCACUUACCAAGCCGGCUUGACCCCACCGGGUGGCUUCUGGGAAAAUGAUGAGUUUGGGCACCGUGCAGGCUUCCCUGUCCUACUAGACAAGUUCCCUAUCCGUUACAAGGCAUUUUUUUAUUGCAAUGCAGCAAGCUUCAUGGCAUCCGUGGCUCUCAUCAUUCUCCUUCUCAACCGAAAUCUGUACGGGCCGGGCAUAAAGUGCUAUGCGCUCUUUGUCUGCAUGGUAGCGGGCAUGUUCGGCCUCAUCGAUGCCUAUGCUGCUGGAAGUUCGAUGCAUCUGCGAACCUCCAUCGUUGUCUUAAUAUUGGUUACGGUAGUUUUUGCAGCUGUAGUCUAUGUGGCAAUCAUCGGUCGUGGACAACGUGCAAACAUAAAUCAACAUCAGUCAAAACAAACACAAAAUCAACAAACCAACAAGGAAGAUGGCAUGAUGGACACACCAAGACAAACACAAGAUCAACAGGAAGCUGACAUGAAAAAGAAAGCCGACAUGAUGGCCAAGUACUUAAUGCUAGCAGGAAUAUUGGCUGCGAGUGUGGCCUACCUCACGGGCCUAAAACCACCUGGUGGCCUGUGGAGGGAUGAAGGUAAUGGGCACUCUGCUGGCAACCCGGUCCUCUACGACAUCGACAAGCGUCGGUACAAUGCUUUUUUCUAUAGCAACUCCACUUCCUUCAUGGCAUCCAUCACUGUCAUUGUUUUGCUGCUUCGAAGGAUGACCAAGGGCGAUGAACAUAAAUUGCCUCUUUGGCCAAUGCACACAGCCAUGUUGCUGGACAUGCUUGCCCUCCUGGGAGCCUACGCGGCAGGCAGUACUCGGAAUUGGUGCACAUUCAAGGAUGCCAUCCUGCUUCUCUUACCUGUGUUGGGCUUUGUUGUUAUUCUUUUCUUCUGGAAGAAAGGAGGUGAAGAAAAACAUGAUGGCUCCAAAUAG